AUGAGUAAACGUACAACGAGUGCAUUAAAUUCCUGCGAGAGAAUCAGACCAGAAAGAUCAAGGAAUCCUGGUAUUCAGAGGCUAGUGUGGCAGGAUGCAUCAGCCAAUGGUGCAUGUGGUAGUCGUGUACAUUUUCACGUGUAUGAGGGAAUUCAGAGUGAAGACUUUGAAGUCACCAAUCCCCGAGUCGCUCUGCGAAGAUUGCUGAGACUGUACGAGGGUAGACAGUACCGUGAGGCAGCAAAUUUUCUCGGUAAAUUGCCUCGUUACACACUGGCAUCAACACUACCCAAUAUACCAGUGGACCUCGUGAUAGAAACAUUGCCCCGCAGUUUGGCACUACUCGAGACACUUUAUCAACGUUUUGCGGAUAUGGAGAAUAUUAACCAGAAUGACCUGAUCCGAUUACUCAGAGUUGACCAAGUGCUUUGGAAAAUUAUUCACCUCAUAUCACAGAGCCCGGAUAACCGGGGUCUACGUAACUGGGGUAAAUUGCUACUGACUUUAUCAAGAGUAAAUCCUAAUGCGCGUAUUCUAGUGGUUAAUCGCAAGAAAUCACUGGACGAAGCGAUUGAGGGACUGGGUAAACAUGGACCAAUACCGUGCCCAGUGAGGAGUGAAGAAAAACGUAUUGGACAGUCCGUGGAGACUCAUUUGCUACCAUUGACGUCUAAACUCAGGGAGGAACUCGAGUUGCGGAUCGAUGCUUACAAACUUGCUCUGCACAAGAUUGAAAACUUGGGAAAGGAUGCGAUAAGACGCUCGAAAGGGGAUCCCCAUGGACUGCGAUCUGCCUCGCAUCAGCGAUUGCUGUCCCUGAAGUACAGCGAGGUACAGCAGCGGCUCAUUGACAAUCAAAGCCUGUUGAAUACUCUGGAGAAAGCGGUUGGACGUAAUUUGGAGGAGUUAUCGGAUGAAUUGUCAAGGCGAGUUGAGCAGGACAAAGAGGCACUGCGCCAAUGGACCUCGCUCAGGAAGACUUCUGGCGAGAAGUUUAGGGGUGGUGAGGGCUGUAAGGAACAGCCAGCUCUCGCUUCGAGGCUACUUCAAUUUUCCAAAGCUUGUGGAUUGGCCUUGCAGUUGAUGAAUGGACUGUCAGGCUCCGCUGAAUCGACAUCCAGUUGGUGCGGUGAAUUCUUCUCAACUGUAAUUGAGGACGAUAGAUACGAUGUGACAGCGGCUGAAUCCAGCAGCGCUGGUUAUCACACGGACGACAGUUGCAGUCCGACACCUGAACCCACUGUGGAUUACCACAGGUGUUUGGAAAAUACAUCGGAUUAUAGAGAGAAUGAUGCAACGAGAGUAGUCAAGCCUGAAUUACUCGUAUCAAUUGGAGAUUCACAUUCAUUUUCCUUGAUGACGGUUGAGGAUUUAACUGACAGAUAUGUUUCACUGUAUACUCAUGCACAUUUACAUACACUGGACGCCCUGGAUGCACUUGAGCCACUUAAGAACGCCACGGAUCUGAAGUUUAAAAUUCUUUUCUCCGUUCUUGUGUUGUCGUGGCGAAUAGCUGACAGUAUUCAGAGCGGACGUAAAAGGGAAGCAUCAUACAUACUGUCAGGACCAGUUAUCGACAAUGAUUCGCACAGCUGUCAAUUGUCGGAUGACAUAGAGCUGUGCAUGAGACGACAAUUGGCAACAACUGGUUUUCAAAGCGGCACAAAUGACGUUUGUUUACGCGUUAUGUCACAACUAGCCAACACCCUGUACGAUUAUCCAUGCAUCGGUAAAUGCAAACAAUUGCGUAAUUACUGUUUAGCAAGUUCACGCCUAGCUUGGGCUUGUUUAGCAAGGGAGCAACCCCUUGUGCUGGAUACGGGUGAGCAACGAAAGAGAUUCAUGGAUAUCGAGUACAGGCGUGAAGUACACACUCGACAUCCAGCAUCACCGAGUCCCGAGGGCAAGAGGAUUGUAGGAGUCGUAUGGCCGGGGCUCAGACAGACAAGCCUUCAGGGACCCUGCUUGUACAGGGCUGUUGUACUCACUGCCUAG